ACAGCCAGCAUCACGCUGCACAAUGGUUUCCAGGCAGUGAAAGAGCGUGAUUCAGCAAGCCACUCUUUCCCCCCCCUUUUUAUUUCAUUAUUAUCAGACAUUUUGCCUCCCCUUUUCUGUUCUGCUCUACCCUGUCCCCCAGGCUUUUAUUUAGUUAAGGAAAACAGUGAUUUACCUUUAAUCCAACUACCCAUCUUUUUUUUUUUUUAUUAUUAUUAUAAAUAGCCCAUCUUUUCCUCGGCACUGUUUGGAAUGUGAUUUAAAAAUACCACCUAAAGUCGCAGUUUGGGGGAAAGGUUUCUGGACAAGGAGAAUAGCUCGCAAGCACGGAAUGGGCUAGUGUUAGAAACUUGUACCAGCAGCAGGCCAGCCAAAUAUCAGCUAUGGCAACCCAUGCAUGAAGUUGAUGCCUUUGAACCAUUCCCUAUAGAUGAGACAUAGCACAUGCUGUGCUGGCAACUAAGCACUACGCAGCUGCUUGCUCCCUCCCUCCUGGUGGAUGAGGGAGAGCACUGGAAGAGUGAAACUGAGAACUCAGGGGUUGAGAUGAAGACAGUUUAACAGCUGUCUUCCACUGGGACAGAGGUGAAACUUCGCCAGGCUGCAUUUGUUGAGCAGUGGUCCCCAGAUUUGCAGCUCUCCCCGGGAAGACCUCAGAGCAAUUACAAGUGUGUCACCUGGACAAAAUGUAAAACUUCGCUGUCAGAUUAUCCUAUCCCUGGUAUUUAUGAGCCGCCAUUUCUUGUAUUAUUGUGGUGAACCUACUCUGGAUGUGAAGAUUGCCUUUUGUCAGGGAUUUGGGAAACAAGUGGAUGUGUCAUAUAUUGCCAAACAUUACAACAUGAGCAAAAGCAAAGUUGACAACCAGUUCUACAGCGUGGAAGUAGGUGACUCGACCUUCACAGUUCUCAAACGCUACCAGAACUUGAAACCUAUUGGCUCUGGGGCUCAGGGAAUAGUUUGUGCUGCAUAUGAUGCCAUCCUUGACAGAAACGUGGCCAUUAAGAAGCUCAGCAGACCAUUUCAGAACCAAACUCAUGCCAAGCGAGCUUACAGGGAGCUGGUCCUCAUGAAGUGUGUGAAUCAUAAAAAUAUUAUCAGUUUAUUAAAUGUCUUCACGCCACAGAAAUCUCUGGAGGAGUUCCAGGAUGUUUACCUGGUAAUGGAGUUAAUGGAUGCCAAUCUGUGCCAGGUGAUUCAGAUGGAGCUAGACCAUGAGCGAAUGUCUUAUCUGCUGUACCAAAUGCUCUGUGGUAUCAAGCAUCUUCAUUCUGCAGGAAUUAUUCACAGGGAUUUAAAACCGAGUAAUAUUGUGGUAAAAUCUGACUGCACAUUGAAGAUUUUGGAUUUUGGACUGGCCAGGACUGCAGGCACUAGCUUCAUGAUGACUCCAUAUGUGGUGACGCGUUACUACAGAGCACCAGAGGUCAUCUUGGGAAUGGGCUACAAGGAGAACGUGGAUAUAUGGUCUGUGGGAUGCAUUAUGGGAGAAAUGGUUCGCCACAAAAUCCUCUUUCCAGGAAGGGACUAUAUUGAUCAGUGGAAUAAAGUCAUUGAGCAGCUGGGAACACCCUGUCCAGAAUUCAUGAAGAAGCUGCAGCCGACAGUACGGAACUACGUUGAGAACAGACCCAAGUACGCGGGCCUCACUUUCCCCAAACUUUUCCCAGACUCUCUCUUCCCAGCUGACUCGGAACACAACAAACUCAAAGCCAGCCAAGCCAGGGACCUUUUAUCAAAGAUGCUAGUCAUUGAUCCGGCCAAGCGAAUAUCAGUAGAUGAAGCCUUACAGCAUCCGUACAUUAAUGUCUGGUACGACCCAGCAGAAGUGGAGGCGCCACCGCCUCAAAUAUAUGAUAAACAGCUGGAUGAAAGGGAACACACAAUCGAGGAAUGGAAAGAACUCAUCUACAAAGAAGUAAUGAAUUCUGAAGAAAAGACUAAAAAUGGCGUAGUAAAAGGACAGCCUUCUCCUUCAGGUGCAGCAGUGAACAGCAGUGAAAGCCUCCCUCCAUCCUCAUCUGUCAAUGACAUCUCAUCCAUGUCCACGGAUCAAACACUGGCGUCUGACACGGACAGCAGCCUGGAAGCUUCUGCAGGACCCCUCGGUUGUUGCAGGUGACUAGCCGCCUGCCUGCGAAACCCAGCGUUCUUCAGAGGAUGAUGUAAUUUAGGAGGAAAAAUUAACAGGAGUUAAGAGAUGAAAAGGAAGAGAAAUAAAUAUAAAGGCUUAAACAAAGCAAACAAAAAAAUCUUUUCAGCCUGCUUCUCCUACAGAAUUAUGUAAUGCAGCUAAGCUCAAGUGUAUAUUCAACUUAUAGUUGCUCUGCUUUGGUCUUCUUCCAAUGAUGCUUACUGGGGGGGAAAAAAAGGAACUGAAAAAUCCUUUUUUUUAACCCCCUCCCCAUAAGAUGUAAAAUUAAUGGCUGCAAAACCAGCAACCUGCAACUGUCCUUUUCAGACUGGCAUGACAAGGUGUGCAGUAGCCACUCUCAAACAUAUGAGUGUGUAUCAGCCUUCACUCUCUGUUCUGUUGUCUGCUGCCCAGUGAGGCAGAUAGGGGUAUACACGAUUUUUUCUCCAUAUAUGAAUAGCACAUACACACAGGUGCCAAGAGAAUUCUGGCAGUGUAUGCAGCUGUGUGCCUACAGGAACACGCAUAUCUGCAUACAUACUUAGUGUACAAUCCACAAAUAUAAAUGGCCCAUUUCAGGUGAACUGCAUAAUUACAUACAUGAUAUUCCCAGUAUAUAUUAUAUUUAUUUGUUCAUUGAUGAGGUUGCAUAUCUUGUAUGAGGAUUUGUGGAAGUGUAAAUAACCACACUGAACUGUGGCUCCCUCAGACACUUGAAGAUGUAGCACUAAAAUUUCUGCUGAGAGUUGUAUAUAUAUUUUGAAAUAAUAACCAGUUUGUAUUGAAAGAAAAAGCCACAGAACUUCAUAGAAAAAUGUUUGUUUGUGAAUGUUAAGACUUGCUGUUCUGAUUUUUAGAGCAGAUACACCAAGAUAAGACCAGGCUAGAAGGAAGCGCAUGUACUUUUGCAAGCUACAGGGAACAAGAACGAAGGUUUUUUAUGCAUGUGUAGCCAAGAAAGAUUUCUCUCAGUAAGCAGCUUUUCCUGCAAAUGUUAAGUGAGUUAUCAUCUUAGUUCAUAGAUAGGCUUGCUGUUAUGAAUUACAUGUAUGCUUGUUUGUUAGGGGGUAUGGCAGGGUGGGAGAACAGUUCGGAUUAUUAUCAAAAGGACAUGCAAUAACUUUUUUAAUUUACAUCUAGAUCUUUACUAGGUUAAAUAAAGUAAGGAUAUUUGUGGCCCACUCCCUUUCAGUGUGUGUUUGUGGCUUAGAGGUUAUUUUCGCUUCAGAUCGUUCCUUUGCAGGGAUCUCGGCUACUAAGAGACCAGGCGUUCUCUAGGUGCUUUUGGCUGUCCAUUUGCUUGCAACAAAUCAUCUGACUCCCCAGGAAGUUUUAUCAGCUGUGUUACAUGGAAAAGAACCACAGAGUGCAUGGGUCUAGUAUUCCUAUAUUCUAAGUAACAGCAGAGGAUAUCAACCAGCUAGUGUGCUGGGCUGAAAGGGUCGCCAUCAGGGGUCUCGGAGGCAGUUUUGAUGAGUUCCGAAGAACCCAACAGUGACUGAAUAUCAAAUUGAUUUUACCAGGUAAUAACACAUAGGAUUCCCAGUUGUAACAGCAAGUGUUUUUUUACCAGAGAAUGGCAAAACUCCACACAGAAUUUCAGAACAACUGAAUGUUUUUUCCAGCCAAGACAGCAAACUAGCAUUUUCCACUUCAAGGUCAUCGUUACCAAAGUUGGAAAUUAAAUACUGGGUCAUCUCUCCUCUUACCAAAGUGUGCCAUGUUAACUGAAAUGAGCUAAAUCAUACUGUAAUGCUUUUCCAGAUGUCAGAAACUGCUUAGGCUAUAUUACUGGGUAUUUAAAAUUCACUAAUUCUUAGUAUUCAAAAUUCUACCAAAAUAGGACUGUUGUAUUAGGUGGCUUACAAACCUGCCAUUCUGUGGUAAGAAAAAAGAAAUUAGUAUCAAGUCAGAUUUUCUUUAAAGGGAAGAAAGCAACGAAAAAACUCUCCAGGGUGGGGAGGAGGGAAGAUAAAAAUUAAGUGGAUAUAAAGUAACUUCAGGCUUGGUAGAUCUGAGCUGUCUCAAAAUUGCUAUAGGAUUUUUUUUCCCCUGGAUAUAUUUUUGGUAGAUUUGUAUGGAAAUUUUUUUGAGAAUGAAAUUAGGUAAAAAAUACUCUAAAAACUCAGAGCAGUAAUUGUAAAAGCAAUAAUUUACUACUGCUAAAAAUAUUUAGCAAUAUUCUUUCUUAAGCCAUGAAACAUCAAGUCAUGGUUGAGUGAAGUAAUUCUCACUUUAAAGCCAAUGAUCAUAAAAGUAUUGAAAGGUAAAUGGCAGCGCUCUGUAGGUACAAAGGCAAUAACACCAAGGGUGACUUCUUAGCAAUAAUGAAAUGUAUCACCUCCAGAUUUAAUUCACCAUAGAUAUAUAUUAAUAAUAUUCAGGUAACUAGUAUCUGCUUUACAUUCCUUAGUGUGCACCAUUUGGGUGUGUUAUUUAAACAAAACCAAUAGAAGUGUCUCAGAGAGGCAAAGGUCUAUGUAAGAGAAACUGCAAAAAUACCACAAAUGCAGAAUGCAGAAACUUGGAAUAAUCACCAUUCAUUUACAGUGAUAUUGCAGAGAUGUGGCAUAGGCAACAGCAGAGAAGCCACUUACAGUAGAUGGAUGCUUACAACUCUCCCAUGUUUCAUCUAUCGAAGCCAAAACCCAUGAUCUUAGCCCCAUGGUAGAAUUCAGUCUUGUUUUAAUUGCAGGUGCUGGGUGGAGAACUAGUCACCAUAGAUGUCCUAGUGAUCGGCGCUAAAAGAACCCACAUCAUAUCAGACAUACAGCUUUAUUCCCAGAGGCCCUGAUUCUGCUAAGCACCAGUGCUUGUACAAACAUUUAAUGGAGAAUAUAGGGAUGCAUACAUAAUUUUAACUAGCAUGUGCUUCUUGUCCUUUGCUCAGCAGUGAUUGACAUUGGCAUGUGCUUAAGUGCCUUGCUGAAAUGGGGCCUAAAAGAAUCACUGCAUCUCUUUUUGUCCUCAAAUUAGUUUGUCUCCUUUAUGAGAAGCUCUGUCUGGGGGAGGAGACUUGGGGCUGUCCACAUUGGACACUACAAAAAAGCCAUCAAUGAAGAAAAGCAAUAGUUCUUUACAAUUCUGGUCCUUGUAUGUCCAAACUGAAGUAGCAACCAUCAAACAGGAAUAGUAUCCUUUGUCUUGCUUUGUGUCAGGAAGUUGGUGCUGUCAGCUGAUACCUUACAAGAAUGCAUGUACUCUUGAAUAAAAGAUUGCAGUGAUGAUGUUCUGUAGCUGUCUUACGGUAAACAAAAUUUUUCUUUCGGAUUCUAGAAGUCUUCGAUACCCUUCAAGUCUGUUCCCCUUUAUUCCAAUAUUUUCUUCAGCUUGAUAAUGACAGAUGCUUUUCUUAUUUUUCUUGCCAGUGAUCUUCUAAAUCUACCUCUGUUUAAAGUGUUACUAAAUAGUACUUGAGGAACAAUUUUCACCUCAUUCUCUGAGCUUGGCAGUUACAGGCAUAAUUGCCACUGCCGCAGAGAUGUAGGCAAUCAGGAAGCUAGAGAUCUAUGACAGAUGUUCCAAGGUAUUUAGGCACUGAAGGGGCAUCAGAGAGCCUGUGCCAGAAGUGGCAUAUCUUCCAUCAGUGUGAAUGGCAGCUGGACACCUUGGUAUUUUUGAAAAUAUGCCUAAGAGCCUACUGGUAUCUUAAGUGCCUGAAUACUCAAAGCAAUUCUGUCCCAGGUGGCUUGCUUAAGUCGUGCAGAUUGCCAUCAGCAGGGUGAGGAAAAUGGCAGAAACAUCUUAACUAUCAGUGGCUGCUCAGAGCACUAGCUGCAAAAAAAGUAGCAUUGAAAAGGUAGAGGAAAGUUGCUGCAAAAAGUUCCUGCUUUAUUUCCAGAUGGAGUACUUUUGGAUAAUAUGAGAAACUAAAACAAGGGGGGGGGAAGUCAAUUGCUCGUAAAAAGACCCUCCAUUUUCCUUCUCACUCAUGAGUUUAAAUGAGGAUAAGGUAUUGAUUUACUUCAAGGUGAUGCAAGGUUAUGCAUGUUUUCCAUCCAAAAUUUUCUGUAAUUUUUGAAAUCUUCAGGUACUAACUUGAUAGAUGGAAUAGUACCUUCUGAGUUCUGACUAUAUUCAACUAAAAUGUAAUAGAUCUUUAGAAAGUUCAGAUCUUUGGGUCGGUCACACACUGAUUUAUGCAAAUGGCAUUGUGGUUGAUAAUCCUCCAUACUAUCUAGAGUUCCAUGGCACAGAUAGAUUCAGGAAUCUUAGCAAGCUUGCUUUAUAUAAAGCAGAGCUUAAAUCAGAGUACAAGUGUGGUAACAUGUCAAAAACAAACAAACGAACAAAAAGCUAUAGAAAGCCUGAUUAGCUACUUCCCUAAUGCACUGACAGUUUUCCUGUGGAAAUAACUGGUUCCUGCACCGUAUUGGGCUCCAGAGAUCACACGAGAGAGUCGAUAAUGUCACUGUAUCACUCUUCUAAACUUAUAAUCAAGAAUAGAUUCAUAUAUAUGGUUUUAUCUCCAUAUAUAUUGCUUUACCUUCAAGCUUUGGGCUAACAAUACUGAAGAAAUUAGACUUGUUGCAGUACCUUUAGGAAUUUUUCCAAAGUAGUGCUAUUUAACUGAUUUGGAUUGUAUUCUAAUUGUCAGUAAGCACCAGUGACUUCUUUUCCACCAACGUAUUUUCUCAUGAAAAAUAUGCUGAUAGUCAAUUUUAAAACUGCCUGAGAGAGUCAGUUUCAGCAAAUCCCCUGAAUUUUUCAUUAAAGGAAAAAGAAAAAAAAAGGAAAAAUGUGUUUCAGUAUCCUGAAAUCAUUGUAAAAUGUAAUUGGAAUAUUUUAAUUCAAAAUAACUUGUAAUAGUCAAUGUUAGCUUACUUAUACUACAAACUUUGCAGUAUUCCAAAGGAUCAAAGCUUAUUUUAGUUUCAGAUCUAUCUUUCUUCAUGCUUAUUGAGACUUUAGAAUUUUGUGUGACUUCAAACACGCAAAACCAAGCAAACAAACAAAAAAAGGCAUUUUGCAACAAACUGUGUGUGCUUCCAGGGAGAGCAGAAUGAAAGAAAACCUGCAGGGAAGAAUUAGACUUUUAAUAGUCUGGCAAAGAAGUCUGAGUUAGUGGUUCAUGAAGUUUAAGCUUUUUCUUUGCUUCCGUAUGUGUGUGUAGGAAAGAGAGUGAGUGCAUAUGGAUGUGAUUUUUAGAACCUGUGUUCUGUUCAUAUUUGAUCCAAGUUCUCAGUGUGGAUAAAGAGCAUAAUCGUAAUGUAAUCACACAUCUUCAAGAAUCUGAUGGCUGUGCUUAUUUGAACUUCCACCACUUUACAAAGGACCCAGUUAACUAACUGCAAGCUCAAGGUGAUCUUUUUCACACACACACACACAGACACACACAGACACACACACACAAAAAGAAAAUCAUUGUGCAGUGGGUUUGAAUAUUCCACAAAUAUGUAAUGUCUUAAUUGGUAAGAUGCUAGGGGGAGGCAGGGGGAUGAUGAAUGUGUCAUCUUCACCCAUGAGCUGCAAAAGAGACCUGUCCAGUGGAAUUUAGUGGAAUCUGCAUAGAAUAUUAGGAACUUGCCAGUGUGGCCUGGGGGUUUUUAAUAUUUUUUUUUUAAAUUAACUAUUGAUUGCAAGAGGUGAACUCUUUAACUUAAUUUCUGUUCACACUCAUUGACGCAUGGCAAGUUUGGGUUUUGAAGAGGGUUUGAUUUGACAAAAGAAUGUUGAAAAACUUCAACUGAGGCUAAUUGUGCCUUUUUACCUGAAAGCGAAAAGCUGAAAAGCACAUAUUUAAGGAAGACACAGUCAAUUUGGGAAAUAAAUGUAUUUCUACCGUACUUAUCAUUUCAGACAGGUAAACCUGUCUCUUCUGCUAAUUUUCACUGAACAGGGCCAUUCUCGUCUUCUGGAAAGCAAGGUAUUUAUAAUGUAAAUAGUUGUAUUGAUUUAUUUUUUUUUCUUUCCUCUGUAACUAAUAUGUAAUAAUCCAACACGCUAUUUCUGUUAAAUCUUUUAAAAUAAGGCCACUGUAUGCCUAAAUGUAGACCUCUGGCCUUUUCCUAACUCAGUCACAUGCUGAAAAGGAGGGUGCCGGAGGUUUCAGUGUACAUAUAGAAUCAUGUAUAUUUAGUAAAUUGAGUAAGUGGGACUUAUGGCCAGUAUACAUUAAGCCACAACAGUGACAAAGCUCCAGAUCUUAACUAGCAAAAACAACUGUUCACCUUGCCAUGUCCAUCCUGUAAUAAGAUCUGAAUUGCACCUGCCUGUAGUUCUGCAUGAUCAGACUUCAAAGUAUAACUAACAAGAUCUGUAAUGUAUCAGUGUUUAUAAACGUAGAUGUAAAAAAAAAAAAAGAAAAAAAAAGAAAACGAAAAAAAAAAGAAAAAACUUGACCAACAAAAGAAAAUCAACAACAGCAACAGUUCAGUAUCAAGACUGGAAGAUGAGACAUGUCCGAUUUUGUUGCACAGUUAUAGCUGAAAAGAACAACCAGUGUCAGUCAGCAUACAUGGACUGCAGUAGUGACAUUUGUUAAGGAACCAACCUUAUUUCCAUAUUGUUCUGUUCUUUCCCUGGUUUCCUUUGACCGUCUGUUGUUCCCUGUGUGUAGUACAGGGGAGAACAGAGCCUCAGUCAUCAGUGUUUUAUGGGUCAAUGUUGCAUCAAUGAUUUCUGAUUUCUGUUCGUUUAGCAAUUACUGAACUAAGAUGGGAAUCUCAUGUUCUCCCAUGUGUCGAAACAAAUCCUGUCAGAGCUUCCUCCUGAGGAUACUCUUCUCACUGCUGUCCUGACUCCUGUCGGCUGAAUGACUUUGCAGCAUUCCCUGCAAACAGCACAGUGCAGCAAACCAUAUUGAUUGAGGGCUUCAUUACAUGUGUGUUGUGCAUCUGUACUUCGACAGGGACUCAAAGUCAUGCAGGGACAGGACUCAACUGAAAUAUGGUAUGUACUCUAUGCAUGACGCCUAUAUUACACCUUUAUGACCUUAUAGUGGAAAAACUGCUGGUCUUUACAGAUGUGGAUUUGGACCAUCUUUUUUGGGGAGGAAAGUCGUAGUGAACCUCAGUCCUUAUCCCACAGACCACUCGCUCCUAGCCAGAGCAGCUAAGUGGACGUUAAAGUGGUACGAGGGCCUUCUGGGGGGCUGUGCACAGGGGUGAAUUUCAUGCUGUUUGAAUGUGAUCUUGCCAAAAAGCCUGUAUGUCUAGCAGGGGAGACUGUGACUGUUCUAUAAGGAGUGUUUGUGUUGUUUACUUUAAAACAAGCUUUGCUAAUUAAAAUAGUGUAUUCCGGAGUCCUA